ACCUUUGCCACCCAUUUCUUCACUGCUGCUGAUACUUAUUAUGAUCUCCCAACCACAAAAGGAUACCUGCAGGAUUUGGCCGUACGUACAGAGACUGAUCAUCAUCAUGAAAACCCUAGUACUUGUUGUACCCUUUGUUGCAAUCCUCUUGAUCUUUGCGACUCUGCAAGCUGAUGCAGAAAGGCUCCCAGUAGAUCAGAAGCCUAGGCCAAAAGCGGCCAAUCGUCGGCUCCUAAUUACCAAUCAGGUUCAGACAGGCGACAACAACACCGACGAUAGCAGCCCGGAAGCAAACCCAUCGCACGGAAGACCUCCAGGACCAUCCUAUGAUGAUACUCACCGUAAACACCCUUGUCCAACAAAAGGUAAGGAAAUUCAUACUCCAGAAGGUACUACAAAAUGCGAACACAGGCGCUUAGUCUAGCUAGCUAGCUAAUUAAUUAAUAAGAUGGUGAGGAGAUGAUCAUGAUCAAGGGAGAUUAUUAUAUUAAUAUAUGAUGUGGCUUUCAAUAAAUAAAGUGGAACCAAGAUCAUCGAUCGAUCCAUGUUACUUUCCAAAGCUAUCAGAUAUACGUUCUAGCAGCAUGCUUUUAGUUUCAUGACUAAGACGAAAUAAGUCUCUCUCUGUAUAUAUAUGGGCUUUGUACGCAACGGGUUUCUGGCAGCUUGUAAUCUAUAUAUACAUGCUGCAUGUGAAUUAUAGCUGUUAAAUAAAGGGACCAUGCAAGCAUUACUUACGUGCAUGCAUGGCGCGUGUGUUUGCUUAUGUAUAUCACUGAUAUAUUUUGGAUUA